AAACAGACCACGAACCUGCUUAUACGGAAGUGAGUCAAUUUUAUCAGACUAUGACACGAAUAUUUUGCUUUUUCGAAAACAAAAAUUCAUUUCAGACGGCUUAAUGCAGUUCCGAUUCCAAUUGAUGAAAAGAUAGGGUACAUUGAGAUCAUUGGAUCUAAAAAUCUCAAUUCAAAUCUCUCUAAAAAUGGUACCCAGACAUUUAUAAGUUACUGAGGACCAUUUUCUAAAACAUAAUAUUUAAAAAAAUGAAGGGAACUUAAAUCGACAAUGGCAGCUGGAGGUUAUCCCUACGAUAAAGCACGAAUUCUGGAAGUUCUUGGCAGAAUGAAAGAGGAUCAAAACGAAUUGAAACCAAGAGGGCUAACAACGUGCAACUUUAAAGAGCCUUCAACAGCAGCGCGCUUGAUAGCACCCGAUGUAAGAUUUAUAACGAUUUGACAACUUUCAUGGCCGUUUACGUGGGCGAUUUUUUUCUUUAUGACGAUUGUCAAUCUUUAUGCAAAAGUUCCUGUAUUAAAGGCGCAUCUAAUGUAAACACUGUUUGUGAAGGUAGGUUUUUGGUAACUCUCCAGAUGAAAAUCACUGCGAUAAAUCGCAUGGAAUUUCGAGCAAGUAAACGCAUAUAACGAGCGACAAAUCGCUUGCAUAAACGGGCUUUUAAUGUUUGUUAUUAUUCACUCUUGCUAAUUUUGAUCUAUUUUUCCCAUGUGGUGGGUAGUUCAGAGAAAAAACCGUAAAAGAAAAAGGAAAAGUGGUGAGGGAAUCAUUUUAGACAACAAUCUUCAAACUUAAAGCAGAGCUCGGAGAAAACUUCAAAGGAAAAUCACCACAAGAGAAAGGACAAAUUAUUCACCAAAAUUUGGCAGAGCGCAUCGAAAACGGCAGCAGAAGCGGUGCAGAAGGCCAGCUGUUAAACGCGAUAGAAGAAAAAUUUAGGUUCAAUUUUUUUAAGGCAGAAGUAAGUAUCUGUGGCUAUUCUACCAGAAAAUCAAAGGUAGAUUUCUAUAGUGGACAGAUGGACGCUCUAGCUUAUAGAAAAGAAGAUUCAGAUCUCGAAGUUCUUGUCAUUGACUGGAAGUCAUCUUCAAACGACGCUUUAAAAGAUCCAGAGAAAUGGUGGGAUAAAGCUACAUGUUUCAAAACACCUCUUUACCAGAGUUUAAUAUACCGUGAGCUAUUGAAAGCUCAUUUGAAGGAGAACGACAUAAAAGCACGGGUUGGUGUCAUGCUAGUACCCUUACCUCAAAAGGGCAAACUUAAAGUCAUGCCAGGCUUAUGUAUGGACUUUCAACGUAUGCAUCAGGUGGGUUUACUAGAUGGGAUCAACGAAUGUGAAUGGUUUGGCGUGGAAAGCAAAUGCGUCCAUACAAUAACGUUGCCAUCCACCUUACUCAAUCUCGAGAAUUUGGACCGCACCUAUGUAGAGGAAAACACUAACGUUUUAAAGCGGGAAAUUCUGGUGAAAGAGAUCAUCAAAGACAAUGCUACUGUUGAAGACUUGUGCCAAGAGUUAGGACUCCUUCAGCUACAACUUAAGGUUAGGAACGAGAGCCACGAGGAACGUUCUGAAGCUGAAGGAACAGGAAAAGAAAAAAACAAAGACGAAGCAAAGAAAGAAAAAGGGAUUUUUAGCCGUUGUAAGGGUAAAAGAAAGUGA